AUGACAGACCGCUACAACAUUCACAGCCAACUGGAGCACCUCCAAUCCAAGUACAUUGGCACCGGUCACGCUGACACCAGCAAGUGGGAAUGGCUCGUGAACCAACACCGAGACUCUCACUGCUCCUACAUGGGCCACUUCGACCUGCUCAACUACUUUUCCGUGGCUGAGAACGAGAGCAAGGCGCGAGUCCGCUUCAACCUGAUGGAGAAGAUGCUACAGCCGUGUGGACCCCCCGCAGACAAACCGGACGACGCCUGA